AGAGAGAGAGAGGGGGAAUACCAAAAGGAAAUGGGAACGUUGCGGGACCUCCAGUACGCUCUUCAGGAGAAAAUCGAGGAAUUACGGCAGAGAGACGCGCUCAUAGACGAACUGGAACUCGAACUCGACCAGAAAGACGAGCUGAUUCAAAAACUGCAGAAUGAGUUGGACAAAUACCGCUCGGUGAUCAAGCCUGCCACUCAGCAGGUCACUCAGAAACGCACCGAGCUGCAGGACCAGCAGCGGACCAAGCGUCAGGCGAUCUCCGCCGAGCCGACCGUCUUCGACAUCCAGCAGCUCAGCCAUGUCACACUGCCGUUCUACCCCAAGAGCCCGAAGUCCAAGGAGCUGAUCAAAGAAGCCAUCCUGGAUAAUGACUUCAUGAAGAACCUGGAGAUGUCUCAGAUCCAGGAGAUAGUGGACUGUAUGUACCCGGUGGAGUACGGCAAAGAUAGCUGCAUCAUCAAGGAGGGUGAUGUGGGCUCGCUCGUCUACGUAAUGGAAGAGGGCAAAGUGGAGGUGACCAAAGAGGGCCUGAAGCUCUGCACCAUGGGACCAGGCAAGGUGUUCGGAGAACUCGCCAUCCUGUACAACUGCACUCGCACAGCCACGGUCAAGACACUGGUCAAGGUGAAGCUGUGGGCCAUCGACAGACAAUGUUUCCAGACAAUCAUGAUGAGGACAGGCCUCAUCAAGCAUUCAGAAUACAUGGAGUUCUUAAAAAGCGUCCCCACAUUCCAAGGCCACCCUGAGGAGAUCCUCAGCAAAUUAGGGGAUGUCUUAGAGGAGACGCACUAUGAGAAUGGAGACUACAUCAUCCGACAGGGAGCCCGAGGUGACACCUUCUUCAUCAUCAGUAAGGGAAAGGUGACUGUGACGAGAGAAGACUGUCCUGGCGGAGAACCCGUGUUGUUGCAUUCUCUUGGGAAAGGAGACUGGUUUGGAGAGAAAGCACUUCAAGGAGAAGACAUCAGGACAGCUAAUGUCAUCGCAGCAGAAGCAGUUACUUGUCUGGUCAUCGACAGAGACUCCUUUAAGCACCUCAUCGGGGGAUUGGCGGAUGAGUCCAGUAAAGGGCAAGAGGACGCUGAGGCCAAGGCCAAGUACGAGGCGGAGAACGCCUUCUUCUUCAGCAUCAACCUCGCCGACUUCAACAUCAUCGACACGCUCGGGGUCGGAGGGUUCGGCCGCGUGGAGCUGGUCCAGCUGAAGAGUGACGAGUCCAAGACGUUUGCGAUGAAGAUCCUGAAGAAGCGCCACAUCGUGGACACGCGGCAGCAGGAGCACAUCCGCUCCGAGAAGCUCAUCAUGCAGGAGGCCCACUCCGACUUCAUCGUCAGACUGCACAGGACGUUCAAGGACAGUAAAUAUCUGUACAUGCUGAUGGAGGCAUGUCUGGGGGGAGAGCUGUGGACCAUUCUCCGAGAUCGAGGGUCAUUCGAGGACUCCACCACCCGUUUCUACACAGCGUGUGUGGUGGAGGCCUUCGCUUAUCUGCAUUCCAAAGGCAUCAUCUACAGAGACCUCAAACCAGAGAACCUGAUAUUGGACCACAGAGGCUACGCUAAGCUAGUGGACUUUGGCUUUGCCAAGAAGAUCGGCUUUGGGAAGAAGACGUGGACGUUCUGCGGCACGCCGGAGUACGUGGCCCCAGAGAUCAUCCUGAACAAGGGCCACGACAUCUCGGCCGACUACUGGUCCCUGGGCAUCCUCAUGUACGAGCUGCUCACCGGGAGUCCUCCGUUCUCUGGGCCGGAUCCCAUGAAGACUUACAACAUCAUCCUAAGAGGCAUUGACAUGAUUGAAUUCCCAAAGAAGAUCACAAAGAAUGCUGCCAACCUCAUCAAAAAGCUAUGCAGGGACAAUCCGUCUGAAAGACUGGGAAACUUGAAAAAUGGUGUCAAGGACAUCCAAAAGCACAAAUGGUUUGAGGGCUUUAAUUGGGACGGUUUACGGAAAGGCACCCUCUCCCCUCCCAUCAUCCCCAACGUAACCUCACCAACAGACACAAGUAACUUUGACAGCUUCCCAGAGGACAAUGAGGAACCCCCACCUGACGACAACUCGGGCUGGGACAUGGAUUUCUGAACCCACCACACACAAACAGACUGAAAGACAGACUGAAUCCAACUACACAUAUGCACACGCACGCACACACACACACACACACACACACACACACACACACACACACACACACACACACACACACACACAAAGACACUGUUACAGUGUGGUCUUGGUUCAAGGUCUUAGAGGCAGUCGUAUGAUAGGAAGAAGUCGAGGAUGAGGCCACCAAUAUGCCUUCGCACUUGGAGUCUGGGAGAGAGCUCGCGUGGGAUUUCAGGGCUUGUUCACACAAACACGCGCACACACACACACACACACACAAACACACGCGCACACACACACACACACACACACACACACACACACACACACACAAAGUAGCUCAAAUAUAAGCGAUGCCUAUCAAAGAGUGUGACUGCAAAGAGUAUGAGUGAGAAUGUUUGCAAAUGUACUGUAUGACUGGGAGAGAGACUUAUAUUGACCUGGUUUUGUGUGAAUGGGCAGUAUGUGUUUACGUGUGUUCUAUUUAGAUAUGUGUGUGUGGACGCUAUUUACUGUAGGUCAGGAUAGGGUGGGUAGGGGUUGACUCAUAAGGACCUCACGCAUGUCUCCCAUGACGGCCUCUGACUGGUUGGAACACUGGUUCAUGCACCAAUCUCUGUGAAAAAAAACGAUGCCUGAGUGUCCAAAAAGCUAAAUGCUCAUUGGCUCAAAUCACUGUACGUCCAAGCUCGUCCAGCCUAUCAGGAGAGGAGAGCUGUAGACAGACCUGAAUGUUGUUGCUCUUAAUUUAGUCAUGCAUAUGGCACCUGUACAUAGCCUCAUAUAAACACUCACUUACAUAGCGUACUAGUAUGUAUCUCUUAAACAAAAAAGAAAAGACAAAAAGUACAAGGAUGGUUUUGUUUGUAUUUCUUUUAAGUUUACUUAAAGAUUAAGGGACAGAUUUUAUUUUGACUGAUCUUACAUUUUCAUGUAUGACCCAUCUGCGAAAUGCUUAGAAGCUUUUGUCACAUACACUCCCAGCACUUUCUCUCUCUCUCUCUCUCUCUCUCUCUCUCAGUUCUGCAGUUAUGUAGGCGUUGGGGAUGAGCAUAUGCUGUGCUGAAUCGUAGCCCCACAACACGCGUGCCUCUCACAUAGAGAUUCAUUUCAUUUCCCUCAUUUCUCCGAGAGCCCCUCUGUAGCCACAGUCUUCAUAGUUCCCACCGCCAUGGCUGACCUGACUGCAGUGGUUUGUGUGGCGGCGGAAGUACAGCCAAGCUACCGCUCCUCCGCUAACCUCCGCUAACCUCCGCUAACCUACGCUCCGCAGGACACCGGAGGAGGAGUGUCCAGCGCCAUCAUUCCUUCAGGCCACUUGAGGGUGUUGCGCAGGGACAUUAUGUAAAUAUUUCAACACGGCUGUUAUUGAUAGUAGCCUAGCCUUCGUGCUGAUGUUUGUUGAAGCUAUCUAGGACCACGACAGAAAUGUUGACAGUCAAUAGCAGACAAUGGCAGCAUAUUUCUUUGUGUAAUGUCAUCUGUAAUUGAUUGCAGUUACCAACGAGAACACCUGUGCGUACUGGGUAUAUACCUGUGAUCACCUACGUGACUUAAAGACCUGCUGCACCUGUACACUGGAAUAUGACAUCAGCAGUGUUGUGUAAGGCUAUUUAUUGUGUUCAAGUAUACUCACCUGGGGUGGCGUGAGUAUCUAGGUCACAGCUGGUCAUGCAUGGGUCAGUUGCUUAGAAAGUACUUUUGGCCUUAAACCUAGCCCCUGUGAAUAGUUUUGUCCAGUAUUGUGACUACAGUGAAAAACUGUAAACUGGUCACUACAGGGUCAUUCAUAACCCAUCCAUCCAGCAGACUUCCACCCAUCCAUCAUCAGUGUUAAAUCAAGUGCCUUAAUACAAAUGGCAUGACUCCCCAAACAGCAUCCUACACCAACACACUUCCUCAUAGAGCUGCAGCCCAACCAUCAACUCCAAAUAUAUUUAUUUUUUCAUUUCUUUCUAUUGUUUUU